GGCGACCCCUUAUCACCAGCCGAGUUUCACAUAUUACCCGAACGUCUGCAGGCGAGCGGCUCAUUCGAUCGGCAAGCGCGUUAGCGAAAGCAACUAAUUUCUCAAUCAAGCACCCACCCAAGCCAUUACCAUGGAUAUAGUACAAAAGUCAAUCUUCAACAGCGGCCCAGUCAGAGGAAUAUACGAGUCGCCCGUGGGCUACUUUACGCCGUAUAAUACCCCGCCGUAUAUAGCUGCCUAUUCGGAUUCAGGUAGUUGGUUAUCGGAUCAUCACCAACAGCACCAGCAGAUGCAGCACAUCAGGUUCCCUACACCGCCCAUCACUCCGCCGCGUCCUGUUGCCGGAUACGGAUAUAACCAGCGCACUCAGUCCGUGAUCAUGAAGGCCCAAGCCCAGCAGGACGACCUCUGCAGAAGUCCAGUGGAAUUCCAAGAUGACAGCAAGUCCUGCAGUAGCGGCAGCGAGUGCGGCACCACCAGUGAUUUCGUCUGCAAUUGGAUCGAAUGCGAUAGGGUUUUCGACACUCUGGAGGCACUGGCUCAGCACGUGACCCAGCGACAUGCGAUCGCCUCCCUAACAGAUGGACUCUAUUACUGCCGCUGGAGAGGAUGCCAGCGCAGCGAACGUGGUUUCAAUGCCCGCUACAAGAUGCUCGUCCAUACCCGCACUCAUACCAAGGAGAAGCCACAUCGCUGCCACCUGUGCGAGAAGUCCUUCUCGAGGGCGGAGAAUCUUAAGAUCCACAUCAGGUCGCACUCUGGCGAGAAGCCAUACAAAUGCAGCUUCGAGGGCUGCCAGAAGGCGUAUUCGAACUCCUCGGAUCGUUUCAAGCACACCCGCACCCAUUCGAUGGAGAAACCGUACAUGUGUAAGGUCGCCGGAUGCCAGAAGCGCUACACAGAUCCCUCAUCGCUGAGAAAGCAUGUGAAAACCUUUAAGCACAGCAUCCACUUGAUCGCCAGCCAGCCCCUUAGCCUGCCCAGUGCUCCUUGUCUUUUGGAAACCAGCAGCGAUUCCGCAUUCACAUGUCUUCCAGCCGCCGGCAGUGUGGAGUCCACCUGCUCUUCCUCAUCCGCCCGCUAUUACGAUGAUAAUAAUGAGCCCAGCGAUUACUCGCUGAAAGCCAAACCUGGUGCGGAGUUCUCGCCCAGCUACUGGCUAAGCGAAAGGCAGCAUAGUUACCUCCAUAGCGAGGACUUCUUCGUUAAGAUGGACGUGGAGUCGCCGCUGGACUUGCGCAUCCACAGAAUUUGAACUGGCCACUGACCAAUUCGCCUCUCGUCUCUCUUCCCCCGUCUAGUCAUUGUGCUGUUUCCCAGCUCUUGUCACUACACCUAGAUUAAUAUUUAACCUGAUUAAAGACUGUUGUAUUUGAAAAA